AUGCCGUUUCCAAGGCCACAAAGAGGAGACGCAAAAGAUGUGUUCGAAGAUCACCACCAACCUGACGAUUACAAUCAUCGCGGCAAUUAUCCUCAAAUCUACUCUGCUCCUACCGUCGAUACAUUGGACACGUUACAAAAUACCUCCAUGGCUUCCGCGACGCCUCUUCCUCAAAUCAAAAUGGUCAAGACGAACAAAAAAGUGCACAGAUCGGACAAGGAGUUUCAAAUUCCUGAAGACAGCAUGCACGUAACGGUGCGCAAGGUUCCCAUUUCCCAACGAUCCGUCUUUAGCCGCAAACAUCCACCCUUACCACAAGAAAUUGCUCAUCUUUCUCGCAAACGAAUAUCCCCUAGCAUGCAACAAUUGGCCCUCAUUCACAAGGUUCAAAACAUGACCCACUGUUCCCAGCUUAACUUUGGACCUUCGGUGGGACGAGCCGCCGACUCGUUGGCACCUCUAUCUUUGUUUGAGGCAAGCAAAAAGAGAGAUGGACGAUAUCGGUCCAUUGAUCCCAUCCAAGCGACGGUCCAAGCCUUGCCACCCAAUCCACCAUUGCUGAGCAAUCGAAAACACCGAUUGCCAUUGAGGUCCGAUGUUGGAUUCCCUGGAGCCUCGCUGGAAGAAAUUCAACAAAAACAAAAGGAAAUCGCCAAUGAAACCGAAUGGGAAGAAGCUUCGCCUCGGUUAAUUGUAUUGGUCACAUCCGACGACAUUGGAAUAGUGACCACGAUUCAAGACGAAGGAUCGCUGGGAGGACCUGAACUCUUGUAUCAAAAGGAAUGCAAUCGAAAGCACUUUCAUCAGUUGCCAGCAGAACAUGAUAAUGGCAGCACUACGACUAUUCAUUUGGAUCGACAAUAUCGAACAUCCUCAUUGGCACCUCCCUUGGAUGCCACCUUUUCGAGGAGUAUGGGUUGGAGACCCCGGGCCUUCCAUGAUCGGCAACCGGAAAUGUUCUAUUCGCUCGUGUGUCCACUGUCGAUUGACUUUGCCGUGGGCAACAUUGAACCACUGGUGUGUUCCUUGACGCUGUAUAGUUUGCACGACGAUAAUGAGAAUGAAUUACCAUCGGGCAAGACGAGUGAAGAGUUUUGGUUUCCCGCGGGGGAUUGGAAGGGCCGGGUGGCCAUUGAUUCCUUAUUGCCGACGGAAGGAGGAAAAGGUGGACCGAGUCCAGAAGCCAUUGCCAAGUGGCUGAAACGAAAAUACAAGGCAAUCUUUGCACACGAUCCAUAUCUGGUGGACACCAAGGAUAUCUUUGUCGUCUUGCAAAUCUAUAAGGUCUUGCAUGUCGAUUUGGCGGCGGCCUACCUUCAGUCCAAAAGCAAUGGGUCCGAAUUCGAUUUAAAUACCUUUCAAACGGACAAACAGGGCUAUAAGAGGAAUAUUCAAAAGUACGGCAAAAAAGAUGAGGCAACCAAGGCGGCAUUUCGAGCAAAUUCGGCGAUGGAGAGUUUUGGGACGCAGUUUCUAUCACCGCUUUCGUUUGGGGUUACGCCGCUGUUCCCGGUAACGGGAAAAUUUGAGAACCAAGAGGACGACUACCUAUGGCCACAGGGGCAUGUGGCCAAGGAUGUUCAAUUGUUCGCUUAUCCUCCCAUGCCCGAGUCCCAAGAGGAAUUCGUGUCAAGGCUCAAGCAGCUUGCUCUAAGGCAUGAAGGUGUUCUGCAGGAGCAGCAGCUAUUAUUAUCCAACGAGGCUUCGUUUGGAGAUGACAACUUUUUCAACCCUUCUUUUUCCUUUGGGUCGUUUGAAAAUAGUGCCGACGAAGCCACCACUUCAUCCUCCACCAAGAAAAAGAAGACUGGGGUAAGCCGCCUGUUCAAAUCAUCUUCCAAAAAGCAGGAUGUUGCCACCAAAAUUAGUGUUUCGGAUCAAAAUACGGAAGUGACAUCAACAUCAGCGAGCCUAUUCAAUAAUGAUAUUGUCGAGACGCAAAAGAUCGCUGGUACUGCUACCUUUUUUAGUUCGGCUUUUGAUGUGGACUUUUUGCAAGCCAUGCUCUAUACGCCUCCCGAGUUGGACACGUCUACGGGGGAUAGCACUUUGCCAAGUGUCUUGGUCGAUGCGUCUGGUGAAGCGGCUGUCAUGCUGGAUCCCAAGAGCACCACCAACAUAGUACGAGGGAACGUACGGAAACGAUCCGACUUGAUUCGGUUGCCAUGUCGGGAUGGAUAUUUGGAUGCUUGUGAUUUUCGGGAGAUUUUGUUCUUGCCUCCACGAAUACCAAAGAGCUACAGUCUGGACAUUCCACCAUCCUUUCGAUCUUUGUUCAAUUUCUUGUUUCUGUAUCCCAGAUUACUGCGACAAGAUUCGUCAGCCUCGUCUUCGAAAAAGACCAAUCGGCAGCGUUAUAGUCUGCGGAUACGGCUGAUACAGGUUACGAGCGAAGAGGUUGGGGGUAAGCGACAAACCAAAAAUGUCACUUUCACAUCCUUCUAUAAUCCAGCUCCUUGGGCUGGACCAUCCAUGCUGAAGUCAGUCUUUACACGGGUUCCAGGGGAUGACGUCAAGCAUGACUUGCAGCGGGUCGGGAUUCCUAUGAGAGAUGAGUUUAAGUUGCGUCUACCAAUGCUCAUUGAUGGAAGCUUCUUUUUGCAUUUCACCUUGUUUGCAGUGGAUUUAGACGACGAACUCGCAAAUGGUGACGAUUCCUCUGGCAUUUCAACGCACCCAGUAUCCGAAACGACCAUUCCCUUGGCUAGUUACUCGCCGGCGGAUCCAAAAACAGGCGCGAGGGCUAUGGUCAUCAUACCAAACGGAAAUCAUCGACUGAAACUAGGUGACUUUCAACUACAAGUGGAGACUCGUCUUUAUAGUUCGGUGCAUUUGUCCGAUCCAGCUGUUGCUGCAACACUUCGGGAUUUCCCAUUUGUCAACGAUGAUGGUGGGCAGAAUCAAGAAGCGAUGAUAAAUCGAGUGAAGAGCGAAUCAAGCUCCAACGACACUCAUGAUAGGCUGUCGUACUCUGGAUUACUCACUUCAGCAUCUGGAAAUGCCCUGGCUGGACAAUUUCAACUUUUGCUCCUGAUGCACAUGUCCAAUCUAAUCAAUCUUCGAAACAACAAAACUAUUGAAAGUGAUGAACGGAUAUUAAUGGAAAGGGUACUGAGUCUUCUCCAUGUUUGCAAACAAAUCAAGAACUCAUUCUCGUCUACAUCGGAAUCGUCAAUAAGGGAAGAACGCUUUCGGAUGUUCAUCAAGACUGCGAUUGAUAUGUUUGAUGAAAACACCUUGAAGUCGACGGAUGGUAUGAUUGAAGAGGAAGAAGAUAGUGGGCACGAAGAGGAUAGGUUUGGACGCAGUAAUCGCUUCAACCAGUCAGUAGGCAACAGCGUAACUCUUCAAGAUGUGGAAGAAGAAGAUCAAUUCGAUGGCGGGGCUGUUCGAAGGCGGAAGAAAGAUCCAUUGGGGGAUAUGGAAAUCAGGUUGACUCGAACAUUUUCCAUUCAGAAGAAUUCAGAACACACCUUUUCACGCGUUGCGUAUGGAGCGAGCAAGACUGACAGGAUGCGUCUCGAGGCAGAACUAGAUAGUCGAACGCACUAUGUCGAUGACGACGAAACUGUUGUGACAGUCGAGACGAGAUUGACAGAAGCCAGAGAGAUAUUUGAGAGAUCAAAGAGCAAGUUAGGAGGACCGAAGAGUUCCGGAGGGGACUCAAUAGCUGCCGAUUCUUCCGAUGGCCGGGAUGAAGUUGCUAAUGGCCUUCAUGGUUUCAGUGCUUAUGCACGAUCGCUAGGAGGACUUGGUAUUGCGCAAAGGGCGAAAAAUGCUGCCCAGAUAAUCAUCGCUCCGUGCGUUGCAGCAGUUCCGGCAGGGCUGCAAUCAAAUGUGGCAUCGUUGUUUACUGAUCGAAUCAAUCCCCACGUUGCAAAUGGUGGAGAUAGCCAAGCAGGUAUUGAGUCCAAUCCAUCAGCCAUGAAACUGGAAUCAGGAAUUGACGAAAACGGCAUGGUGGUCGAUCGGGUGUUGUACAGCCCUGGAUCAGACAUCGAGGAAGAGGAUGCUGCUGAGUUAGGCGAUACGCUAUCACACUCUGGAUCUGCGUAUUACACGAGUGAAGGGACGUUCAGAUCUCCUUUCAACUGUCAAGUGUUACGCUUCUCCAUUAGCGGGGAACGAAAUAGCGAUAACAGAUACCUUCCAAUUGGAAGGGGCGAUUACAUCUAUGAGUCGCUGCUAGUUCUUUGGUUGCGUGCCUGGAUGAGUCAAUCCGGCGAUAUGUCGACCUUAGACAUUGGCGCUACAUCAAAGGGAAAACACGCCCAGAUGUUUUUCGAUCACUUGGAUGUCUUGAUUCCAAUUGUUCUCAAGUCCAUUGUGCUUAGAUAUAGCAAGGCAGUGGAAGCUCCACAAUCACGAAUCUCUCGGGUCAUCGUUGAUCAGGGGCAUAUGAACGUGUUGGCGUCCUUUGUCGAAAUGCUGGCUUUGUUUGUUAUGAACCAGGCAGCAGAAGGAUUAGAAACUACAGGCGAUGCUAGCGCUGGUCUUGAAGGAGCACUUGUGAACGUGGACUUUGUCGUCGACUUUUUUGUGGGCUUGUGCGCUGUUUUCCAUCCAGCACAAAUCGAUAUUUUGCUGAAUAAACUCUUCGACGUUCUUAGGCAAUGUGAUGGCAAGAAAAGAGGCUCAGAACAGACCCAAGGCGGCCUUGACUGGUCUGAUGAUACAUUACGCCGUUCAAAAUGCUCGAGAAAGCUUCGGCUUAGAAUUAUCGAACGCCUUGCUGUCUUGCCCAACUUCGUUGCUCUGAAUUACCCGCGGCGAGUAAUGAGCGAAAAAAUAGCUGGACGAAAGACGAAGGAGUCUUGGACGAAGCAACACAGUGACUCGACUGCCAAUGAGCCAGCUCCAUCAGGUGAUUUGCUAAACAGUGGAGAUGAUCUCCUACCGAAGAGUGGCUGGCUCGCAGAACUUUUAACAACUGAGGCGCUUUCAAUUUGCUCACAAGCAUGCCAAGCUGUUGUUGAAGAAGCGAUGGCACAUAUCGAGACUCAAUCGGCGAAGAAGAAUGGGCGCCGCCCAGCUGACGCCCCGAAACAAAAACCCAAUGCGCCUUUGAGUCGAGAUGACUUACUGAUGUUCCAGUCAAUCGCCAUUCAUGCCAUUACGGUUGUAUAUGAAUUGCUCUUGAGGCGUCACGCCAUGGAUAUCAGAUUCCAACGGGAUAGCAGUCGUGGAAGAAUAGCAGCCUUGUUCGCCAAGCCGGUUUUCGACGCGUCGCUUUCUAGCAUCCGUUGGCUUGCAAGAUUGGAAUCGACACAUAAGGUCAGAUCGCUUUGGCUUCUCUGCUUUGUGUACCUGCUCCAAGAAGUGCCAGAAAACUUGCUUCGACAAGCAGUGCGGUCUUAUAGUAAUCCAAAGAAUAUUCGCAUUCAUCGAUUCAUUCGCCUCCUUCGGCUUGGAAGCUCGUCGUUCCAGAGCUUCUUUGAUCAGGAGCGUCACGGGACACUUCCAUCGGAAAUCGACAAGGCCAUUUCGCCAUGGCUUUUGCAGGAAUCGUUCAACACCAUGUGUGCAACAACAAUUGUGGUUGUUGAAGAGUGCGCAAGUCCACUUUCCAUGUAUCCAAGCGAGCAAAAGGCGAUCGUCCAAGGAAUUUUGGAUCUUCUGCUUCACGUGCUGACAACUCCGCAAUCAGCAGUAACGCAUUUGCGAGCGAUUGGUGGGGCUAUUCAAGCACUGGAGAGUUUUGGAGUGGACAUUUUCCUUGAGGUCACCGGAGAUAGUUUGCAGCACUGGCUACGUGUUGUCCUCGGGUUGAUGAAUAGUGUGGCUCUGUCUGUCCGUUCCAUUGCUGUUGACUUCGUUGUAUCACUCAUGGGUAGUACUUUUGAUGCAAUGGGAAACAUCCAUGAGCUGGCCCUGACGUUUGCUACAGUACUUCCUGAGGUUGCAGCGCGUGAAAUCGCAUUGCAUAGUGUUUCUGGACAUGUCGAAACUAUCGAACAUAUCGAAAAGUCAUUAUGGCCUCUUCGGCGAUCGUUUGCAGACAUUGAAGAUGCUAACCCGCUUGAUGACGAUCGUGUUGAUCCCCAGCUUGCACCGAUCUUGUCGGAAUUCUGCAGAACAUGCCAGGCACUUCUCGACGGGGUCUUAAUUGAAGUGAGGCUCCAAGGGAGCGCCUUCAACAUCGUUGGGACACAAAUCCGAGAACAGCCAGUUGAAAGCUACAUUUUCGAUGCUGACGAAGAAUCGAUAUUUGAGGCAGCGAGCUUUUUCGUUCCCGAAACAGCCCCUAUCCAACGUGUUCGCUGGCUGCUGACCCUCAAGUCACUACACAAGGCGAAAGGUCAAUGGGUGGAAGCAGCUGAAUGCUUAGUUAUAUGCGCCAAGACAAUAUGUGAUUCUAUACCACACCUACGUCAUGUCUGGAGACCAAGUCGAUUCGCACUAUGGUCGGACGAGAGGAGAUCACUUUGGCUAUCGACUGUUGGACAAGAUAUUGAUAAUCCCGAAAAAGGCAAUGCUCAAGUGAUGAACUUUGCAGGACGUUUCCUCGAGCCAGACUUCUUCAAUUUUGCCAACAAGAACGAAAGCGACUCCCUGAGGCUUCCUCAACCUACCGUUUCAGACAUGUGUACCCUUCUCACUGUUAUUACCAAGGAAUCAGUAUCAUUUUAUCUGAAAGAAGAAGGAAUGGACAGCCUUGCAUAUUCUCGCCUAGAAUCUCUUGUCAAAGUGCUGAUGAGCAUUCUUGAUGACCAUGGUAUUGUUGACCUAGGAGGCACACGAACGAGACUUGGAAAAAAUAUUUUGCGAAAGCAACAGGUCGAAGAAGAAGCUGCUCUGCGGAAGGUUAUUGCCAGCAUCAGUUUGGACAUGACAAAACUCGCUGAACGGUUGCUUUUGAUUGCCGAAGAUGAACCAAACGAUGAUUCUCCAACUAAACAGACGUCCGACCAAAGCAGCACGAAGGAACGGCAUGCUUAUUUUGUUCGAGUCCUUUUGUCAGGUAAAAAGCCAACUCGCUUUCUUGAGAGUACAACUCUGCCCACAUUUUUGGAAUGGCAAACACCGUGUAUCUGUCGAGUACCAAAAGGAAUUGCUGAUGCCGUGCUGAAUUACACGCCAAAAAAUGUUGAAGACAGACUAUGCGAAGCCUUUGGAAGCUCUCUACGCAAUGCACUUCUGAAGAGUGGUAGCAAUGUCACCAUUGUCACUGGAAGCAAACCACAGGUAACAGAACCGAAGAAUGGGGUCAUUUUAGAUAUCGGCAUUGUCAAAAUGAACACAGCAUUUUCCGCAGGUGAUGACGGCAGUGACUUCGCGCAGCAAGGAAAACACUUUUUGUACCACAAAUCAUCUUCUGCAAAUGGUGGUAAAGGAAGCACCGUGAAAAUGACUGUCGCUCAUCCAUUCCCUUGUCCACUCUCGCGUCAGCGAACCAUCCUGACGUCCGAAUUGAUGACUUCAAAACCAUUCCAAUGA